AAAUUUAAAAAGUCUCACCGGAGAAGCGGGAGGGUGGUUGAGAGAGGGCAGCUUCCGGAACUCUACGGUAGCGAAGCAACUAUUUUCCAGAGGAGUGGACAUAGAGCCAAACGCUAUUCCUUCUGCUUCUUGGGUGUAUCAAGAAGUGUUUGAAGUUUCCUUUAAAGACAUCAGCAUGUGACAUUCCCAACAGGCCUUGACUAGGCUCGCAGUGAGUCUAAGGUUUAGCUAGAGAGGAAAUAUUCCAGGCCUAUUUCAGGAUUUGCUGCAUCCCAGGAUCCACCUGGUUCAGGAACAACCUCAGUAUUGGGAAUGUGCCAAGGUUACAGAUCAGGUGGAAACCAACGUGGUGGAUCCUUGGACUGUACAAACCCGGCCUUGCAGUGUGACCCCAGAUAGUCCCCAAGGCUGCUUACACCUGUUCCCUGAUUUACUGUACAGAAAGAAAGCUGGCGAGCGUGAGGGAGGGCGGUCCGAGUCCGGGCUGCUGUGCUCAGGGGCCGGCGCAGGCUGCGCUGGGGACUGCGGUGCCGCAAGCCUGGAGAGAGGCGGCUGGAGCUGAGCGCGUCACGGGAGCGAAGAGACGCUGCACAGCCCUAUAGGCGGAGGCGCACUGGCCGCUGCGGAGCAGAGGUAUAAAAGUGCUGCGAGAACGGGCGAGCGCCACCGAGGGCUGGGGUGACAGAGGCGGCUGGCAGUCAGCAGGAUCCGAGUCCCUCUGCAUUCCGGAGUUCCCUCUGCGGUCCCGACUCCCUGCGGAUCUCGGUGGCCUUUCCAGUCGGGACCCGGCGUGGUCCAGGUUUCUCCGAGGUCGGGGCUCCUUCUGUGCUCCGCGCCCUAUCGCGCCCUGGUUCCUUCUGCCUUGCGCACCCCUGUAGCCCGGUGUGCUGAGCGCCCGGCGCCCAGCCUUCACCCACCGAGCCGGCGGGGAGUCUAACCCUUGCGUCCAGAACCUCAGUGGCUGGGCAUGAUGGUCCCUCCUGUCCUGCUGCUCUUUCUUCUGUCCUCGGUGCUAGGCACCGAGCAGCCACCGGUCGUCACUGAGCAUCCGAGUAUGGAGGCAUCCCUGACCGGGACCAAUGCUUCGCACUUCUGGACCAACUACACUUUCUCCGACUGGCAGAACUUCGUGGGCAGGAGACGCUACGGGGCCGAGUCCCAGAACCCCACGGUGAAAGCCCUUCUCAUCGUGGCUUACUCGUUCAUCAUCGUCUUCUCGCUCUUCGGCAAUGUCCUAGUCUGUCAUGUCAUCUUCAAGAACCAGCGCAUGCAUUCUGCCACCAGCCUCUUCAUCGUCAACCUGGCAGUGGCAGACAUCAUGAUCACGUUGCUCAACACGCCAUUCACUUUGGUUCGCUUUGUAAACAGCACAUGGGUGUUUGGGAAGGGAAUGUGCCAUGUCAGCCGCUUUGCCCAGUACUGUUCUCUGCAUGUCUCAGCACUGACACUGACAGCCAUUGCUGUGGACCGUCACCAGGUCAUCAUGCAUCCCCUGAAGCCUCGGAUCUCCAUCACCAAGGGUGUCAUCUAUAUUGCCGUCAUCUGGGUCAUGGCCACCUUCUUCUCUCUGCCACAUGCCAUCUGCCAGAAACUGUUUACCUUCAAGUACAGCGAGGACAUUGUGCGCUCCCUCUGCCUGCCGGACUUCCCAGAGCCGGCUGACCUCUUCUGGAAGUACCUGGACCUGGCCACCUUCAUCCUGCUCUACCUCCUCCCCCUCUUUAUCAUCUCGGUGGCCUAUGCCCGUGUGGCCAAGAAGCUGUGGCUGUGCAACACCAUUGGCGACGUGACCACAGAGCAGUACCUGGCCCUGCGGCGCAAGAAGAAGACAACUGUGAAGAUGCUGGUGCUCGUGGUGGUCCUCUUUGCCCUCUGCUGGUUCCCCCUCAACUGCUACGUCCUCCUGCUCUCCAGCAAGGCCAUCCACACCAACAACGCCCUCUACUUUGCCUUCCACUGGUUUGCCAUGAGCAGCACUUGCUACAACCCCUUCAUCUACUGCUGGCUCAAUGAGAACUUCCGGGUGGAGCUCAAGGCCUUGCUGAGCAUGUGCCAGAGGCCACCCAAGCCUCAGGAAGAGAGACUGCCCUCCCCAGUUCCUUCCUUCAGGGUGGCAUGGACAGAGAAGAGCCAGGGCCGGAGGGCUCCGCUAGCCAGUCACCACCUGCCCUCUACCCAAUCUGGGAAGACAGAUUUGUCCUCCGUGGAGCCCGUUGUGGCCAUGAGUUAGGGGAAGCAGGAUGAGGUGGGGAAGGCUCUGUCCUCUCACAGCUGACUUGAUCCUCAGUGUCGGAAAGUCCUACAGAAGCAGUGAGAUGCUUGGGUUCCUAGAAACCUGUCCAGCGCCCCCUACUCCCCUGCAAUCUGAUGUGCAAACCACCUAGAAGGUGCCACAAGUGUUGUGCCCAGAUCUUUGAGAGCCCCCUCAGCUCCAACGGGAGCUGACUCAGUCCACCCCCAGGCGCCCGGCACCUGCCACCUUGCCCUGCCACUACUGAACACCCACAGGUGACCACGUGCCCAGAAAACAGCUUCACUAGCCAGGAAGAAUGGCACAAAAGCUUUCAGAAGUCACUGGACCAAGCGUAAUCACACAUCUUCAAUGGCUGUGACUCUAUCCAUGACCAGACAGGACCCAUUUUGGCUUCUUAAAAUAAAGAGAAAUUAUUUAUCAUUACUAUUUUCAGGAAAAAUAUGUUCAGAAAAGUACAGAAAUGAAUUAAGAUCACCCUGUUAGCCCAUCAGUCUGUAAAAAUGCCUAUUAGUGUGCCGUGAAUUUGUAACUUUGACCUCUGUGUGUGUACAUGUUUGUAGCUUUAAAAUUCUGAACUCCAUGUGUCCAUUUAGAUUGUAAUAAUUAGCAAGAAAUGGAGGUACGUCACAGUACUCCUGAACCCCCCAUGAUGAGUGGGGUCCCUCAGCAUAACCGAAGAGAAGUGGGGAGGGCAAGCUAAAGCCUGGCUCCAUCUUGCAGCCAAUGGUGGGUGGGGCCUGGCCCUCCCCUAGGCGGUAGCCAUCAAAAGGAGCGGUACAGGGAGCUGGGAGGUAGGACCCCUUCCCCCAGCCCCCGGAAAUGAGAGAGGGUUCCGCUUUCACAGGCAGUGAGGGAACCUGCUUUCCAAUGAGCUGGAAUAAUUGUGCUUUGACACCUCGUCUGCCCCAGCCGUCUAGACAGGACAUUUCUCUUUGUUGUCUGAAAGAUGAGAUUUUUUUUCACACCAAUUCCUGAAACAAGAUUCCCUGUCAACAGCACCUGAAAAAUUCAUGUGUCAUUUUCCAAAACCUACAGGCUUCUUAAAGUGGCUCUAUUCCUUAAGGGCCCAUUUGUCAGAGAAACCUCAUUCCAGAGAGCCAGUUUUCUCAUCCUGCAUGUGUUCUCAGUGGCUCUCAGCGUCACCCAGACAGUGACGUGUCGGGUGGGACAGAAUCUACCCCCCCCAGGCCCAGGGCAGCUCUGUGGCAUCUGUGCUUAGUUCAGAUUCUUGUCUCAUUGCAGAGAGGUCUCAGAGACAAGCGAAAGCUCCACCUUUGUGGCGCUGAGUGGGGGACUGAGGUCUGAGGGAGGAGGGUCUCAUCCAAGACUCAUUUAGAUCUCUCAGUUGCUAACUGAAGCACAACUUGGUUGUAGCUGCUUCCCUGUAGUGAGUGAGGGGAAUUUUUUAAACUAGUCUAUUCAUGAGAAUGCUAGAAAAGUUCCAAGA